AUGGGGAAGCAGGCCGAGGCCCCAGGCUGGACACGGGCAGAUGGAGCGAGGCGGCCGGCCGUGAGGGUGGUGCUCCCUCACAGCACGCGGGCUGCGCGGCCAUGCGCCUGGGACGCCGCUGAGCAGGCAGGCGACCUCCCCUCCCACCGCUCAGGCCCCCACCCCGCACCCUGGGCAGGCUGAGCGGGCAGCCCCCGCGGGCGGGUCCUGAUGGCUGGGUGCGCGGGGGCGCCGUGGGUGUGGGUGUGCGUGGCGGCCGCCCUGCUGCACGCGGGCGGGCAGGCGCGCGGCGACUGCUGGCUCAUCGAGGGCGACAAGGGCUUCGUGUGGCUGGCCAUCUGCAGCCAGAACCAGCCGCCCUACGAGGCCAUCCCGCAGCAGAUCAACAGCACCAUCGUGGACCUGCGGCUCAACGAGAACCGCAUCCGCAGCGUGCAGUACGCGGCGCUGAGCCGCUUCGGCAACCUCACGUACCUCAACCUCACCAAGAACGAGAUCGGCUACAUCGAGGACGGCGCCUUCUCGGGCCAGUUCAACUUGCAGGUGCUGCAGCUCGGCUACAACCGGCUGCGCAACCUGACGGAGGGCGUGCUGCGGGGCCUGGGCAAGCUCGAGUACCUGUACCUGCAGGCCAACCUCAUCGAGGCGGUGGCGCCCGGCGCCUUCUGGGAGUGCCCCAACAUCGUCAACGUGGACCUGUCCAUGAACCGCAUCCAGCGGCUGCACAGCGCCACCUUCGCGGGCCUGGCCCGGCUCUCGGUGUGCGAGCUCUACAGCAACCCCUUCUACUGCUCCUGCGAGCUGCUGGGCUUCCUGCGCUGGCUGGCGGCCUUCGCCAACGCCACGCAGGCCCAUGACCGCGUGCAAUGCGAGUCCCCGCCGCUCUACUCCGGCUACUUCCUGCUGGGCCAGGGCCGCCACGGCCAGCGCAGCAUCCUGGGCAAGCUGCAGUCCGUGUGCACUGACGGCCCGUACGCGGCGGAGACGCGCCCGGCGCCCGGCCGCCCCCCGCGCCGCUCGCCCCCGCCGCCCCCCGCGCCGCCCGCGGAGCCCAGCGAGGCCCCCUGUGCCGACGACGAGUGCUUCUCCGGCGACGGCACCACGCCGCUGGUGGCCCUGCCCACGCUGGCCCCGCAGGCCGAGGCCCGCCCGCUCAUCAAGGUCAAGCAGCUGACGCAGAACUCGGCCACCAUCACGGUGCAGCUGCCCAGCCCGUUCACCCGCAUGUACACGCUGGAGCACUUCAACAACAGCAAGUCGUCCACCGUGUCCAGGCUGACCCGGGCCCAGGAGGAGAUCCGCCUGACCAACCUGUACGCGCUCACCAACUACACGUACUGCGUGGUGUCCAGCAGCUCGGGCCUGCACCACAACCACACCUGCCUCACCAUCUGCCUGCCGCAGCCGCCCAGCCCGCCAGGCCCCGUGCAGCCCUCCGCGGCCACGCACCACAUCAUGACCGUCCUGGGCUGCCUCUUCGGCAUGGUGGUGGUGCUGGGCGCUGUCUACUAUUGCCUGCGGCGGCGGCGGCGGCGGGAGGGCAAGCAGAAGCAGGCGGCGGCGGCGGCCGGCAGCCUGAAGAAGACCAUCAUCGAGCUCAAGUACGGGCCCGAGCUGGAGGCGCCCGGCCUGGCCCCGCUGUCCCAGGGCCCGCUGCUGGGCCCCGAGGCGGUGACCCGCAUCCCAUACCUGCCCGCCGCCGCCGGGGAGGUGGAGCAGUACCAGCUGGCGGAGGGCAGCGGGACGCCCAAGGGCAGCAAGGGCAGCUACAUGGAGGUGCGCACGGCAGAGCAGGCAGAGCGCAGGGACGAGGAGCCGGGCCGGCCGGGCCCCGACAGCCAGAGCUCGGUGGCCGAGAUCUCCACCAUCGCCAAGGAGGUGGACAAGGUCAACCAGAUCAUCAGCAGCUGCAUCGGUGCCCUCAAGGCCGAGUGCUCCUUCCAGGGCGGCAAGCCGGGGGCUGUGUCCACGGGCGAGCCGCCGGCCGGCAAGCGCGGCUUCCUGGCGCCCGCCUACCAGGACGCCUGCGGUCUGCAGCGGCACCACAGCCUGGAGGCCGCCCCUGGCGCUCCGCGGGCCAGCUCCUCGUCCAGCGGCUCCGCCCGCAGCCCGCGGCCCUUCCGCGCCGAGCCCCCUGCGCUGCACGAGGCCAAGUACAUCGAGAAGGGGUCGCCCGCGGCGGAGGCCAUCCUCACGGUGACGCCGGCGGCUGCCGUGCUGCGGGCCGAGCCCGAGAAGGGCCGGCAGUACGCGGAGCACCGACACUCGUACCCCGGGCCCCACCCCGCCGAGCCCCCCGCGCCGCCCGCGCCGCCUGAGAGCCUGGGCGGCCGCAAGGCCUCCAUCCUGGAGCCGCUGACGCGGCCGCGGCGCGACCUGGCCUACGCGCCGCUGUCCCCGCAGUACCGCCACCUGAGCUACGCCUCCAGCCCCGAGUACGCCUGCCGCGCCUCCCGCAGCCUCUGGGGCCGCUUCAGACUGAGCCGCCGGCGGCGCCGGGACGCCGGGGAGUGCGUGGCGGCCGGGCACGCGCUGCGCAGGAAGGUGCAGUUCGCCAAGGACGAGGACCUGCACGACAUUCUGGACUACUGGAAGGGCGUGUCCGCGCAGCACAAGUCCUGAGCCGGGCCGCGCCCGGGGCCCCAGAGGCCAGGAGGCCGCUGCACCGUC